AUGCCCCUGUGGUAUCAUAAUGAGAACACUACAUAUAAUUCUGCUGAUACACCAACAAGAGUACAUUUUUUCAACAAAGGCAAUGUUUGGUUAGCUUUAUCGGUGACUCUUGCCUGCAGUGUUAUUUUUACAGUUUUUAUGCUUUUAUAUUGUAAACUAAGGAAGCGUACAUCAAAACGAUGCCAAGAUAAUCAAGAAAAAUCCUCUCCAGAGAUACAGAUGAGUAAACCAGCGAGCUGUUUAACACGAGAAAAUAACCCAGGGUUGCGCUUACAAAACAAUUAUGACACAAAUAUCGAAUACAGUCAAUCUGAAGACUUUGGACCUUAUGACACAUUAAAUUUGAAAAUCAAAAAGGACUCAGGAAAAGCUUAGAAUGUUUCUUGCAUGUUGAUGAGUGUCACAACAUCAAUUUCGUUAAUCGCCCAAGUGUUUACUGUGAUGAAAACAGAACAACUCUCGAAGAAUAUGUUAUAUUUAGAUUGUAAUAUUAAAGAGAUUUAAUUAGCUAUUUCAGUUCAUUGCGGAACGAAAUCAUUGUGACUUCUUUUAUAUCGCACAUGCAUAUAUGAACAGUGGACAAGCUAACGAAAAUGCACCUCCCCAUAAAUUGUUUUAAUAUUUCCUUCUUUGU